UUCACCAAAUAUACCAGAACAAAACCCUUCAACAUAAAACAUUUAUGUUUUCUAGUAAAUUGUUUCAGAGAGCGGAGGCUUGAGUUGGCUUCUAGGAGACGAGGACGUAACCUGCCAAGAUGUGAUGGUCCAGAUGAGGGAGAGACUGAAAAAAACACAGAAACUUGUGAAGAUAUUGCGGUUUAUUGUGAUACAACCAAUAUUCAAGAAUACCAGACAACCAUAUUCCUCAGUGAAAGCUACCCGAUGUUAGAAAUUAACAAUUUUAACGCUGACCCACCAAGGAAACAAAAUAAGGCCCAAUAUGAUUAUCCCAACAGACCAACACUGUGCUACAACUGCAAAGAGUCCAAUGCUGUACGCCACCAACGAAUGGUAACUAGAAGCGAAAGUGAAAAAGAUCAGAGAAUGAGGUUUAAUAAAUUAAAAAGAAAGAUGAGCUAUUCUAAAAAGGCUUAUUCAAUGGAUACCCCAGUUGAGCUAAGCUGUCAUGCCUCUCCUUUAAGCUAUAGUGGAAGAUUUCUCAAACAAUCUUUUGUAAACAAUACAACAUUAAAUCAAAACAGUUCAAAGAAAAGUCCCCAAGAAAGCAACCCUAUGAAAAAAAUAAUAACUGGCAAAUCACUUAGCACUGAAUCAUCUAGAAGGCAAUAUAUGACGAAUCCUAAAAACAAGCACAACAAAAACCAUAGAAAUGAAACUUCCAAUUGUGAAUCCAUAUCAACAAAUGAUAGAUCAUUAACCCCCGUAAAAAACCAGAAACUGGAUCCGAAAGAAGAUCUUGUUCUGUCAACAUGCAACAUAAAUGUUUUGCUUGCAUCUAAGUGCCGUAGUCUUGACUCACAUAACUUUACUUCUCUUGAUGAUAACAGUGUUAUAAGCUAUCAGAAAAUACCAGAAGAGUCACAAGAAGGUGUGGAUACCAUUUGUUUCUAUCAAAAUCAACAAAUAUCUAAAAUAAGGGCACGUCCUGCUAGCUUCAGGGAAGAAGGAGAUGGACAAAGCGUGUCACCGGAAUGUUGGUUUAGAGCUAAUCAGAUAGCCCCUCAACCUAACCAGGCCCAAGAUAAACAAAUUGGACAGGAAAAAGAGAGCAAGUUAAGUUCGCAUCGAAGAGCCAUUUGGAGCGUAAGGUCUAAAAAGGUUAAGAGAAAAAAUGAACUAAAACCCUGCCAGAUAUUAGAUAAUUCAGAAAAACCUAGUGCGUCUUGCAAUACUGAAAAUAUAAAACAUAACCUAUCAAGUAGAACAUCAUUAACCUACAAUCAUAGAGAAACCUUCUCUUUAUCGUUUGAGAAUGAAAAAUCUGAAGCAAAAUGUGUUCAUGGUGAAUUAAACUCAAGUGCUGAGACAAAUGUACAGGAAAAAUUACUUGAUGAAGUCAUCACAACGGAUUCUGUUUUGGAAAAAGCCAAUUGGGGCACAUCAGUAAGUGAAGAGCACGGAUGUGAAAACACCUUAGACCCUCUUGAUCUAAGUAGUAUAUCAAUAGAUGACAAACUGCUAAACUGUAAAAGUCUAGAUGAGCAAGAUUUGAGUUGCAUUAGUAAUAAUACCACCAACUACUCUGGUGCUGCUGUGUAUUGCUAUUCUGCUACUUAUGAAAUUGAUGAUGAUGAUGAUUCCGCCAAAGAUGUCGAUGAGGAGGCUCAAAAUAAUUUCAGUGAGGAUAGCAACUUGUAAUUUAUAGAUCAUUAAAUUGUAUUUGCCACGAAAAUAAAACUUGUGUUGAAUAA